AGCCCUGCACAGGUCAUGUUUUAGCGCACCUAGGUAUUCGAAUAGCAGGACUUUGUAUUAUGAUAAUCUUUUUUUUUUCUUUCCCGACUGAGGGCAACGCGGAGUUGCAGUUUGUUUGAAGAAGAUUUAAUUUCAUUUACAAAUUUACCGUGGAAUAACUGACCGCGCUUGCUAGCUUAAACACAGUCCCAGCUGUCAUUCAUGGAGAUCAGCGAUCGACGGCGUGCGCUGUGUUAAACUAGCGUCAUGUCACGGCAGCAGCUCCUGCUGGACUCAGGACAGCCUAAUGAGGAUAUCAGGGGCAGAAGGAGCAGGAGCCGCCUCGGGCUUGUCGUCACAGGGGUGCUGGGAGGGUCGCUGGUUGCUCUGUACGCGGUGGCUACCCCGUUUGUGGCCCCUGCCCUGAGGAAAGUCUGCCUUCCGUUCGUACCGGCCACCGCGACUCAGGUGGAGAACGUCCUCAGGGUGCUGCGGGCAAGGUCGGGGACCCUGGUGGACAUUGGGAGUGGAGAUGGAAGGAUAGUGAUUGCAGCAGCCAAACAUGGUUUUCGGGCAUCAGGGUUCGAGCUGAACCCCUGGUUGGUGUGGUAUUCUUGCUACAGGGCCUGGAGAGAGGGGGUCCACCGCUCGACCUCUUUCCACAUCUCAGACUUGUGGAAGGUCAGUUUUGCUCAGUACUCCAAUGUUGUCAUUUUUGGAGUCCCUCAAAUGAUGGAGCAGCUGGAGCUGAAACUGGCGAGUGAGCUGCCUAGCACAGCCAAGGUGGUGGCCUGUCGCUUCCCCUUCCCCACAUGGGUGCCUGAAAGUACCGCCGGCGAGGGCAUAGACACUGUUUGGGUGUAUGAUGCAAAGACAUUUAAAUCACACCGGUAACAUAAAAGGACCAGAAGACCAAGUCUAGAAUAACAUGAUGCAGAAGAUUCACACACGGAUGCAACCUCUCAGAUUUAAUUGUGUGAUUUCUUAAUCACACAAUUAAUACUUUGGUGUGAACCAAGUGAGAAUGGUUGAAUCCAUCGGUUAAAAGUAAAAACCACAAGCAUUGCGAAAAGAAACUGACUGACAUUGAUGGCCGGUGCUGUAGUAGGCUGAGUCCAGUGUUCACUGGCUACAUUUAAUAUUUGACAUGUGUGACUAUGAGAAUAAAUGGUGAUGAUAAAGUAA